AGUCGUUUAUUUUUACCAACUAAAGUCAGCGGUGUUGAAUUAAUCAUUAAACUAAGAGAAUGAUAAUCAAGUUGUUGGUAGUGUCACUCGCCAUCGGGUGCACUCUUGCCAGAGGUCCAUCUUCCGAGGACUGUACCAAGUGGACUGGGGGACCUAUUGACUGGCCCUGUGAUCUCACCGAGAGCCUCUACAGGAAUGGUGGGAAAUAUAUCAGCAAGAAUGUCAUUGCUACCCGCGCUGUUGUCUGGAAGGACAGCGCUAUUGUUGCAUUGCCUAGAUUUAAGAAAGGUGUCCCAAUAACCCUGGGGAUCAUCCCCCUGUUCUGCAAGGUCGGUUACCCCAGCCUGAGCCCGUACCCCUGCUGGUCGGUCCAGGAGGAAGGCAACUGCGGUGCAUUCCAGAGCGUGGUGGACCUCUUCCUCGAUCCCCAGCACAUCCUCUGGGUCCUCGACACGGGCAUCGUGGACUCCCUCGAGCCCCAGCCCGUGCGAACGUGUUCGCCCAAGGUCGUAGCCAUCAACGUGAAAACUGGAAAGAUGGUCAAGACUAUCGACCUGAGUGGAAUGGCAACCUCAACAUCGAGACUGCAGUACGUCGUAGCUGAUUACAGCGCUGACGGUCGCGCCUUCAUCUACGUCACUGAUGCAGCCACCCGAGCGAUUCUGGUGUACGACGUGACGUCGGGUCAGGGCUAUCGCGUUGUCCUCCCCAAGGCGACGACCGUGGGCUGCGCAAAGCGAGACGUCCUGUACCCGUCGCUGAUUCACCGUCCUGACGGCUCCGGCGUCCUCCUCAUCUCCUACCUCAGCGGCUCCCGACUCUUCAGCGUCCGCACCGAGUUGCUCCAGAACGGCGCAGCUGCUGGAAAAAUCCACGACCUCGGGCCCAAGCCCAAGAAAAUGGUCAUGCUCGGCACUGACAAUGGAUCAGCUGUCUUCUUCCGGUACGAGGGGGAGCAGCCCAUCUACAGGUGGGACGUCUGCACACCCUUCUCCGAAAAGAACUUCCUCAAGGUGUACGAGGGCGACGGGUACGCCUUCGCUUCAGAAGUCAUUCCCGAUUACAAGAGGGGACGCAUGCGUGUCCUUGAGUCCAACUUCCCUGAUUUCAUCAGGGGCACUGUCGGCGUUGGGGUUGACCACUCUCUGACAAUCAUGUAAUUGUUCAAUGUAACAGUUGUGGAGGCGAAUGAAGAAAAGACUGAGUUUAAGGUUCAGGGAGAGUUCUUUAUGGAAUAAAGAAAAUAUUAAAUUAUUUUCA